AUAUCUUAUCGCGGCGCGCGACACCUUGUCCUUUGCCUGAGCACGUCAAAGCAUCACCGCCAGCCAACACAACACUCCAUCCACCUACCGCCUUACCUCCUCCCUCCCCUUCCCCUCACCUCCUCCUCGUUGUCGUCAAAUGCCGGCGACGCGCCCCCGGCCACCAUGUCGCAGUUCCUGUCCAUAAUAGGCUGGUCCUUUCUUCCAGGCGUGAGUCUAACCCCCCCUCCCGAGCUCAGCACGUCGCCCCGACCUCGACGACAAAGGAAGCCCGCCCGCACAGGACCAACUAACUUGGACUCCCUCAAACAGCUCGCCACAUCCUGGAUCCAGACCAUCUACUACGGCCUCACCAUCCGCGCCGGCGACCCCAAGCCUGCCCCCGGCUCACCGCGGCACGCCUCCCACCGCCGCGUCAUCCACAUCCUCGUCAUCGCCGCCUACCUCGCCUACACCAUCUACGAGGCCGACUACGAGCUUCGCGCCGCCUCCGACUUCUACGCCGACCUCGGCCUCGCCCCCGGCGCCCCCGACCGCGACGUCAAGACGCGCUUCCGCCGCCUCGCCGCCCUGCACCACCCCGACAAGGCGGGCAGCGGCGGCGGCGACGAUGGCGGCGGCAGCACCACGGCCCGCUUCAUACAUCUCAAGCUCGCUAGCGACACCCUCCUCAACGCCGCCCGCCGCUUCGCCUACGAGCGCUUCGGUCCGGAUGUUGUCGAUUGGCAAAAGUGCGUCACCGUCCGCGACUUCGUCUCCCGCGGCGUCCUCUCCGGCGUGCUGCCGCACUACGCCGUCGCCGCCGCUACCAUCUACGUCCUCGGCCUUCUGGGCUACAUGGACUUCGGCAAGUUCUACCGCUGGCUCAUCCUUGUCUCCCUCUGCGUCUUCGAGCUCCACGCCGCCACUCGCCCGUCCUUCCCGCGCUUCCUCGCCGUCGUCAACGCCGUCGUCACCCGCCUCAGCCUCCGCCCGCCGUACCUCCCCUUCCAGUUCAUCCAGCUCGCCCGCAAGCUCACCAUCACUACGUACAUUGCGCUCUCCCAGAUAGGCCCCCUCCUCGUCGAGCACACCCAGCAGAGGCAGCGCGCCGCCCAGGAUGACGAGCGUGCCCUGCAGCAGGCCCUCCAGCGGCUCGAGGGCGUCACCGGCCAGCUCAACGCCGACGCCGGAAGGCUGAUGGAUAUGGAGAUUGCGCCUUUCAAGGGCGACCCGGAGGCGGUUGGCAAUUUGCAAGGCAAGAUGCGCGAGUGGCUCGUGCAAAACACCAUCCGCGCGGACCCCAUGGUGAGGGAUGCCCUGGGCACGUCGUUUCGCAAACGGCGUAUCGACGCACCCAGUGGCGCUCGAGGGAACCGAUAGACAUGCGAGCCAUUACACAAGUUCCCGCAAAGGCACAUAGCAGGAUAGAAUAAGCGUUUAUAAAAG